UCGCUAGCGCUAUCAUUUUGGCAGAUACAAAAAAAACGAGCUGGAGAGAUGUCCGCAUGGUCCCUCGGUCCUUUUCUUCUUGCAGCACUGGUGCACUUGGCCAGCUAUUCCAGCGCACGGACAGUUGCUCCGGUGACCGGCCCGAGCAGCAGAGGUCAUGUUAUUGUGGAAGAUUUGGGUGGACAGCUGCAAAUCGCCAAGGCCGCAAAGGCCCUGAUCGACACCCUGCGCUCCAGAUCGGCGGCGACACCGAUAGGCAACAGGAGGAAGGAAGCCGGAACAGCAGAAUGGCGUGGUGGGGCAGGUGCCACUCACAGCGCAGCAAGCUCGCCGCCGUUGUCUUUCAUCCAGCGACCAUCACAACCAGUUCUUGAUGGCGGGGAGAUAACCAGCGGCCUCGGGACGCACGGUUCGUUGAUCGUGGACAAGCAGAAGAUCGACGUGGGUGACUCUGUUACAGUCAGCGGGUGGAAACGUCCAAAUGUUUCCAACCCAGCUACGAGCGCGGAUCCCUGUGGACCAUUGCAGCAUCGUAACUUACAUAAGAAACAUGACGUGACCGAUAGUAACUUGUUUCCGCCGGUUGGCGAUGUCAUAGCGGUGUAUUGUCCGCACGAUGCACGCGAUGCUGACUACCUGGACUAACGUUACCGCGAGGUGAACGCCAGCAUUGGAACGGUACAGUUUGGCCCGCUGGUUAACAUGCGGUGCGAGUACGCGUUCCGCUACUUGCACCAGUGCACGAAUGGCUCCUACGUGGCAACGCUUGCCAGCAUCGCGGUCUCGUUUCGGCAGGGCAGCAACCAGCCGACACAAGGACGCGUUUCCGAAACGGGCAUCCCCGGUGAAAUGAGCAUCAUGUGGGUGGCGCAGGCGGUCAAGCCAUCGCUUGUGGAGUACCGGCGAGUGACGUCGGAGGAGAGCGAGCACAUCAUAACUGCCUCGGGAACCUCGCACACGUACACAGCCUCGGAUAUGUGCAAUCAUCCCGCCAACAUCACCGGGUCUCUGCUCUUCCGGCAUCCAGGAUACAUACAUCGGGUUGUGCUCCGCAACCUUGCAGCCAACACCGAGUACGAAUAUCGAUUCGGCGCUGGCACGACUGGCAUCGUGUCGGCAGCAGCAGAAGAGGAAACAAUAACUUGGUCCCCGUUGUAUCAGUUCACAACUCCACCUGAUGUUGGAAGCAACCAGGCGAUCAGCUUCUUCGUAUUUGGCGAUCUGGGCGAGCAACGGGGUCCCACUGGAACACCAUCGGCGAAUAGAUCGUACACGACCAUUUCUCGCAUUGAAGAUGACCUUUUCAAGAGCCCACAGCAGUUUCACUUUGUCCUGCAUGUUGGUGAUAUAUCCUAUGCGGAAGGCCGCGGCUACAAGUGGGAGCAGUUUGGUGACUUGAUCCAGAGCGUGGCCACCAGGAUACCGUAUUACGUGGGUAUUGGUAACCAUGAUUACGAUCAUGUGGCCGGGGGAACGCGGGAUCCCAGCGGUGCCCCAGACCAGGGGUACCACCCCUCCUGGGGCGUGUACGGCGACGACUCUGGUGGCGAGUGCGCUGCUCCGAUCGUGAGCCGCUUCAGCAUGCCGUCGACGGCGGCGCAGAGCCUGCAGCCGUUCUGGUACUCGCACGACCACGGUCUGAUUCACGUCGUGUGGCUGUCGACGGAGCACGACUUCUACCCCGGCAGUGACAUGCACAAGUUCCUGGUCGCCGACUUGGACGCCGUCAACCGCACGCGCACGCCGUGGGUGUUCGUCAUGGGCCAUCGACCCAUGUACUGCAGCCGCUCCGUCGACGAAAUCACCGCCAAGGAUAACUACAUUGUCCAGCUACACCAGCGAGCGGCGUACGAAGAUGUCCUGUACCGAUACGGCGUCGACGUGUUCUUCGGAGGGCACUACCAUGCCUACGAGCGGACGUGCCCGGUGUACAAUGGGACAUGCCGACAGAGCUUAAUAUCGGGCAUGGCCGAAGCAACCGUGCACCUACUAGUGGGAACGGGCGGCGCGAGUCAGGACUUUGAUCGCUGGGAUGCCCACCCGUGGAGCCGUCACCGUGGCAUCGACUACGGCUACGCUCGCGUUCACGUUGCCAACGGCACGCACCUGCGCGUGCAGUACGUUCGGAACGAGGACGGGUCUGUUGCCGACGACGCCUGGAUCGUAUCCCGACAUGGCUGGCAUCUCUAGUACUGGAAUGCAGCACUGGCAAGCAAGCCCGCGAGUGAUGUAGGACAAAAUGUCAUACCCAAUGGUGUAAGAGUAUAAUAAUGCCGCAUGGAUGUACCUUCAAAUCACCAUGCAUAACAUGAUGCCGGCUUUGCAGGGCAAGCCGUCCUACCUCAUACACCGUGCACUUUGACAAAGCAAGGCACAGAUCCUAUGUACCUAAACACACCAUAGUCAAACAGUAGACACAGGACAGAAAGGCUAUAACGCGGGUUGUAAAUCAGAGUUUCAUGACAACCGUGCACUCAUCGGUCUUUCGUACCUAAAACAUCAAUCUUAAAGACAGCAUUGUCUCCCACAGAACAUGUAAACACCGGCUAUAUUCAAACUGCUCAUAUGACAAUGAUGGUCUUACAUCGAAUAAUGCUAGGGAAAUUCCCCUGCCACGGAGCCAUUGAUCACCCUAUAACACAAUGCUAUAUCCCCCUUCUGCGCUGCUCAAGCCGCUGAUGUUGUGCAUACAUGUACAUGUACAUGUAAAUGGCAAGGGUUUGAUUCAGGACUGAACACAUGUCAUGACAUACAAUGUAACAUUGGAUCAGCUGUUAUUAACAAAAUUGCUUUCAUAGGCCCGGAUGCUCCGGCCAUGCUGCAGAUGCCAACGAAUGUAUGGCCCGAGUGA